UUGUACAAUCCAUCAACAGGCAUUUGGACAACUACAGGAAGCAUGAGUGUCGCACGAGAUUCACACACAGUCUCUACAUUAGCAAAUGGAUUAAUAUUAGUUGCUGGUGGACAGAACAGUGGUGGUGCUCUCACUAGUGCUGAAUUGUACAAUCCGUCAACAGGUAUUUGGACAACUACAGGAAACAUGAAUAUUGCACGAAUAGGGCAUACAGUAUCCACAUUAGCAAAUGGAUUAGUAUUAGUUGCUGGUGGAUACAACGGUGCCUACCUCAAUAGUGCUGAAUUGUACAAUCCAUCAACAGGCAUUUGGACAACGACAGCAAACAUGAAUAUCGCCCGAUAUUAUCACACAACAUCAACAUUAGCAGAUGGAUCAGUAUUAGUUGCUGGUGGAGCCAACACUGCUUAUCUCAAUAGUGCUGAAUUGUACAGUCCAUCAACAGGUAUUUGGACAACUACAGCAAACAUGAAUAUCGCACGAUAUUAUCACACAACAUCAACAUUAGUAAAUGGAUCAAUAUUAAUUACUGGUGGACUGAACGGCGUUGGUGCUCUCAAUAGUGCUGAGCUUUAUUAA